CUUUUGUACUAGGACUUCAGUUUCUGUUUUGUUUCCACUUUCCACUGUCUUUGGAAGUUGAAACGUAGUAUAUGUUAAAAUCUGUAAGAUAAAAAUGUCAAGCUCCCAGUGCUUUGAGAACCCACCAAGCAAGAACGCGGCAUAUGGAGCAGGGACGGUUCAGGAACUCGGUGGCCUCACUGCAUAUCUCACUGGCCCUCCUGAUUCCAAGCUUGCCAUUCUUCUUAUUUCUGAUGUUUUUGGAUAUGAAGUGCCAAAUUUGAGGAAACUCGCAGACAAAGUUGCUGCGGCUGGAUACUUUGUGGUGGUUCCUGAUUUCUUCAAUGGUGAUCCUGCUGAUAUCGAUAAUCCUCAAUUUGAUCGAGAAGCAUGGAGAAAAGUUCAUAACAAGGAAAAAGGAUUUGAAGAUGCAAAACCAGUAAUUGCUGCCUUGAAAAGUAAAGGUGUGUCUGCCAUUGGAGCUGCAGGUUUUUGCUGGGGAGGGAUGAUAGUAGUAAAUUUAGCAAGUUCGGAUGACAUACAGGCUGCAGUGGUGUUGCAUCCUGGUCCCAUAACAGAAAAAGAAAUCAAGGAGGUUAAAGCUCCAAUUGCUAUAUUGGGAGCUGAGAUUGACCAUGUUUCACCCCCAGAACAACUGAAACAGUUUGGAGACAUGUUGUCAACAAAGUCUGAGUUUGAUAGCUUUGUGAAAAUUUUCCCUGGGGUUGCACAUGGAUGGACAGUAAGGUACAAUGUUGAGGAUGAAUCAGCUGUAAAGAGUGCCAAGGAGGCUCAUGAUGAUAUGUUAAAUUGGUUUAUUAAGUAUGUCAAGUGAUGAAAAUUCUUAUGAUAGAAGUUGAUAACGAACCAUGAUAAGGCGCGUACUUGUUUGCAAGACGAUUGGACUGAAGGCCAAAGAUUGUUGUAGUCUCAUUUGUAUGAUUUCAGUAUUAUCUCUUGUUUAGCUUCCCUAGACAUUGCUAGAAGGUCUAAUUGGGCAUUGUUCAGGCAUGAAAACUAUUUAUAUAUGCAUUUUACUUGUAUUC